AUGCUUACAGGAAGAAUGGACCCGCGACCGUGGAUCAUGAUAACCAACGUGGAAACUGACGAUAUGAAGCACCAGCUCAUGACCAGUUGUAGCCGUGUUAUUAAUCUUUCAAGCACUGCAUCGACCAUUGCAACUACUCCGUUCCUUCCAUCUAUUGGUAGUAUCAGUCCGGCCAACACCACCAUGACCACCCAGUUCCCGGUCGACGGAAGCAGCAGUCUCCUGAACCCUUUGAAACUCGAGUACUGUAGGUUUCAGGGUUGCGCCAACUUUGGCAAAAUGCAGGGCUACUGUCAUGAUCACAUACAUGGCCGACCAGCUCCGCAAUUCUCGUCUCCAACCCGAACACCAUUCGGGCAGGCCACUAGCCCAAGUCACAUGCUAGCGUCUUCAGUUACGCAACCACAGUAUCUACCGGCAUUGCGGACUGUGGUGCCUACACAGUCUCGACGAACAGAAGACCGUCAGCUAAUCCCCGUCUCGCCUUAUACGAACUACGAAACGUCAAUGCAGCCCGGCAGUCCCAUGUACACUGCCACAGCGGUUACUUUGGGCACACGGUAUCCAAUCUAUACCGAGAAUGCAACGUUCCUGUCAGCCCCAUUGACCAAAAGACAUCGUGUCAUAGCUAGCCCCACAUUCUCCACUGGUAUGGGAAGUACCUGUAGCUACAAACCACCUCUCAAGUGUCGUCGUGAUGGUUGCACGAAUGACGCGAGACGUAAAGGCCUUUGCAUGGAGCAUGGUGGGCGCCACUUUUGUAAAAUGACUGGUUGCCAGAAGUGCGCACACCGUGGCGGCUUCUGCAUUUCCCACGGCGGAGGUCGUCGUUGCGCUGUGGCAAAGUGCACCAAGAGUGCACAGUCCGGAGGCAUUUGCUACUCGCACGGAGGUGGCAAGCGGUGCGCGACGGAAGGUUGCACCCAUGCGGCGCGGAGUGGCGGUUUUUGUAUCAAGCAUGGCAAGCAACAGCAGCAACUGCAGCAGCAAGAGAAACAAUGUUUUACGGAGUUGAUGUAA